AUGACUGUCAGUGAUUUCAUGAUUCUCUCUUCUAAAGGCGUAAUUUUGUUCUCUUUGUUAGUGAUUUCCGUUGACACUAGCAGCAGUGAUUCUCCAUUGAGGGCCGACCCGUGGGAUGUGGAUGGACCAUGUCAGGAGUAUGUAGUGAAGUUUGCGCGUGUGCAAGCGAAUAUGGUGCAAUGUGCGACGAAUUGGUCAAUCCCGCCGAAAGUUUGCACCAAUUGCUGGGAACAAUACAUAGCAUUCAAGCAUGUCGAAUACGAAACGAAACAUCUGGACAAUAUAUUCUCUCUGGACAACAGAACAUGCACUCAAGUUAUUUAUGACAAUUAUCUAUUGUCGUAUAGUUACGAUAUAUCGGAAGCUUUAACUUCCAAUAUAUGGGCAAAGUCCAGAUGUGAAUCGUGCCUUACAAUUUACUGGAACUUCACUGCAAACGACUCAAGGGUGGAGUUUGCUAACCGCACCGUGCAAUUCCAAGACAAGCUUUUCCAAUGGCGAGAUUGCGUGGCGAAUAUCACUGGCACAAGUGACGAAUUUUUUGGCAAGAGUCCUGUUUGUUCAUCUUGCAAGGAUCAAUUCAACAAGCUUUUCACCUUCUAUUGGGAUAUAUACAUUGAACCUGGUGUUGAGUUCUGUGUGGACGUGGAAACUACGAUGAAUGAUACUAUACAUAUCUGGAACGAUGUGUGGGAAUGUGCAGAGAAAAAGGACAGAAAGAGAGACACUGUAGCAGUUUUUGUGACGAUGGCAGGCCUUGCUAUCGUAACCGCCCUAUUUUAUGCAGGAAGCUACAUCCAAGGAGGUGGACAAACAAGAACAUUGAUACGAUAUUCCCGCCUGACACCACAAGGACCGCGAUCUCGAUUACUAUCUUCUUCAACGUCCGACAAUAAUCUAUCGAUAUUCUCUAACGCGAACACGUCCUGA